GCUGCUUCUCUUCCGCUCGCUUUUUCUGUGCGUCUGCAAUCUACAGUUUGCUUCACAGCCGGGUGGUGUGGCUGAGUUCUGUCCUGUCUGCUGAUAACAGGGCUGUCGUGAGCAUGACAGAAGAAACGUGCCCCUUCUCGAAUGCCGAAAUUCCGGUUUUGUUCAAAAUUUUGGCCUUCAUUGGUGCUGCUUUUAUAGCUUUUGUUCUCCUGCGUUUUUUUAUUUCAUUAUGCCGUGGGAUCUACACGUGUUUCGUGGGGCAGCUUCUAGGAUUUACCAUAGACCUCAGGAAGAUGGGAGAAUGGGCAGUUGUUACUGGCGCCUCAGAUGGCAUUGGCAAGGCAUAUGCUGAGGAGCUUGCAAAGCGAGGUCUCAACGUGGUUCUCCUCAGCAGGACCCUCGAGAAACUGCAAAGCGUUGCAGCUGACAUUGAAAAGGCAACCAAUGUCAGGACCAAAGUUGUAGCUGUGGACUUUACUGGUGAUAUAAGCAUCUACGACACCAUCAGGAGAGAACUUGAGGGCCUGGAAGUUGGAGUCUUGGUGAACAACGUUGGUAUGAGCUUCCCCUAUGCAGAAUAUUUUACGCUGGUUCCCGAAGGUGACAAGCUGAUGGACCAAAUGAUCAAAGCAAACUGCACUGCUGCCACAAUGAUGAUGCGCAUCGUUCUUCCCGAGAUGGAGAAGCGCAGGCGAGGAGUCAUCAUCAACGUGUCGUCAAUCUCCGCAAUGUUUCCGCUGCCACUGCUCAGCACUUACGCCGGUACCAAGGCCUACAUGGACUAUAUUUCCCAAGCUGUACAUGCAGAGUACAAGGAUCGUGGCAUCUUUAUUCAGUCGGUGAAACCCGCGUUUGUGUCGACCAAGAUGUCCAAGAUUCGAAAGGUCAGCUACGAUGUUCCCACACCCACCACUUAUGUCACAGAGGCACUUCGCACCGUGGGCAUAGAACACAGCACCUAUGGGUAUCUCCCGCAUAAAUUGAGGGGCUACAUGCAGGAGGCCAUGAGGGCUUGGUUGCCGGAUUGUCUUCUGAUGAAGAUUUCCAAGGAUUCACUCCAAGCCAUCCGCAAAGGUUAUUACAAGAAGAAAGGAAUGACAGACACCUUCCUCGGUUCGAAGUCUUCCGCUGAGGGGAGCGGAGAAAAGAAGAGUUCCUAAUGUAAAACAUUUCAAGAAAAUAAGAAAAGGAAGAACAAAGUUCUAACCGGUGGUUUGUGGCAGCAUUUCAAUGCUGUUUUUUUGGGUGGACAGUACUUGUGAUGGAGCUUUUGUUGUGACAUACGAUGUCACUUGUGUUGUUUGUCUGGUACCUUUUUAUGCUUAUGUUAAGCUUGUGUUCACAUUCCUUCGAGAUUAAUGCUUGACUUUGUAACCUUAAACAAUAAAUGGGGUUACUUUUUUUCUGCA